AUGUCUUGUGGAGAACUAAACGAUGAAAUCGACAUAACAGCAAUGAAGAAACGAGGCAAUCAUGAUAGCAAGGCUGGAAAGAACCGACAAAAUGAAGGAAACGUCACAGACGAUAAGAAGAAUGAGAAAAAGAAUGACAAAAAGAAAGUAGUUUUAAACGAUGACGCUCACAAUGAAGGUUUCGGUGAAUGGCUACGAUCUAGCGACGGAAUUGAAAUGAUGCGACUCUUUGUUAUUGCUAAUUCCAUUUUAGUUUUCGUUACAAUGGGAUUUCCGAAAAUGCAAGAAAUUUAUACCGCCUUUAACGAGUAUUUCUACGGAGAAGAAUAA